AUGAAUACAAAUUAUAGUGAAAUAAGGAAAUUGUUUAAUUAUUACAUUAGAGAAUAUUAUUAUCAAAAAUCAAAAGGGACAUAUUUUGUUCAUAUAAAAAAUCCAGGAAUAUUAUUUACCUCAUUAAAAUUUUAUAAAAAAAAAAAAACAAUUUUCCCAAAUAUAUAUGAUUGGUAUUUUGGUAAUUUAAAUAAUUUAAAAAAAAAUAAGGAUGUAUUGCAUUAUGAAAAUUAUUAUAAUAUAAAAAAUAUUUACUCAUACAAAAUAAACAAAAACAUAGAAAAAAAAGGGCAUGGUGUUGAAACUGGGAAUAUAUAUAUAGACGAUUCAGAAUCAAACUUAGACAAUACAUAUAGAACAAGCAAUUUAUAUUAUAAUAUGAACCCUGUUUAUUUAUCGAAAAUAUGUUUAUAUGAUUUAAAUGAUUAUCAUGUAUUAUUUUCAACGAAUUAUUAUGACGCGUUCAUACAGUUUUAUUACAGUUUAAUAUCAUAUAAAAUGGACUUAAAUAAUAUGAAAAUGUUUCCAAACUUAAGAAUAUUGAUAAGCCAUAUUAAAAAUUUAAAUAACAUUAUAAAUGACGAACUUAUUAAAAGUUCUUUUUUUUAUUUAAUUAAACAAAAAAAAAUAUUUAAUGAGGACUACCUUCAUAAUAUUUUUAAAAAUAUAUACUCCAUUAUGCUUCAUAAUUCUCCUCUUUAUUUAUUUGUUGACGACUUUUCACAAUUUAGGAUAAUUCUUAAUUUUAUAAAUAAGGGGGAAAUAAGAGAUAUGUUUGAAAGUGCCUUACCAUAUCCUUAUUAUAUAAUAGUAGACGAAAAUAUAAACAUCUACAAUAUACAAAAUUUUAAUGCUUAUUUAAAAGAAUAUAUAUUUAAAGAAAGAGAUUUAAAUACAAACACGGUUAAUUCAGAAGAUUAUGAUACCAACAAAGAAAGUCGUGACGAUAUUUUUAGCCCAAAUAAUAAUAAUCAACAUAAAAAUGUGGAGCAUAUUGAAAACUUUAAAAUUGGAAAUGAAAAUAGUAAAGAUGUUUCAAAUCCAAAAAAUUCAAAAAUUUAUUUUUUUAAGUUUAUAAAAAUAUUUGACAUGAAGCCAAAUUAUCGCUUCACCGUAAAAAAAUGA